GAGGGCGGUCGUCAAGACCCCUUCGACAAUCGCAAGUUGCAGUCCAUGAUGGAGGCCUUGAAGGAGGGAGAUUCCACUACUGACCAGUACAUUGCAGGCGGCAAUGUAGCGUGGGUUAGCUGGUCAUGGUCUUCGACUGCAAGUGUGCCAGUGUACAAGAGCAGCGUAAAGUGGAUCAUGCGCACCACGUACAAGAAGCCCCAGCCAAUAAAUUUGGUGGUGGCAGUGGAUGACUUGUUUAUGGACCAGAAAAAUGGGCAAAUGAAGAGGAUCAGUCCGGAGGAGGACCAUCACGCCUUCAUCUUGGCCACAGCGAGGGACUUGCAGCAAGACAAGUUCCAGGAGGCCGGCGCCGUCGCUGAUGUUGGGACCAGCCACGAGACCAUGUACUACAGCCCUGUGCAACGCAUCUUUCAAAUAGUGUCCUUCAAGUUGAAUCACGAAUCAGCUUCCAAGACCAAGCUGACGACUAAGAAGCUUUUCGAGAUCUUGUCUGCCAACUUGACGGUGACAUCGGGGGAGGCAGUGACGCAGUCCUUUCUCGAAGUCUUGAUGGCUCUGUGGAACUCCUUGCUGAGCGACACUUCUUUCCGAGAGGAAGUCCUGCUUUCUGAGGAGCUCUUCGGAAAGCGAAGUCCCAUCAAGUCCAUAUAUGUUUUGCGAGACCUUGCCACUGCUUGCAAGAAGCAACCGCCUGGCGUGAAGUGGGUGUUCGAUGCCCUCAUGGAUGCGGCGUUGAACAAAAUCUUCAAGCAAGGCGAGCUCAACCCCCAG